CUUAGCAAUUGUGCAUUUCCGACUGCCUUUUCUUCUGUCUGUAUCAAAGCGGGGGAACUGGGCUUGUCAUAUAAAGGCGCAUAUAUAAUGGAAAGAGUUUAAACGCGACAAGAAACGAACAAAAUUAAUUCACAUCCCAGACAACCUAUCAAAGAUCACAAUCAACACUCACAUCCAACAAAGCCCAUCCAAACAUGUCAGCCGGCAAUGAAGGCGAAGGAAGUACUUCUUUCGGCGUAGGCUUUCAAGAUGGUACCAAUGGUGGCGCGGAUAUGAGUACAUCUUCACCCACAACUCCGGGUGGAAUUGGAAUGAGCACGAGCACAAAUGCAAUCAGAUCAAUCGAUGAUGCAUCAAUGAUGCCACCUCCUACGCCUGGUUCAAUACGUUCUUCCGGAAGACAGAUAAGGCCAAGCUUAAAAGCAAGAGAUAUGGAUUUGGAUGAUGAUUAUCAGGAUACUUCUGGUGCUUCUAAUGGUCGAUCAUUGCGCUUACGUCCACCCUCAAAACCAUCUGGCUCAGCAGGUCAAUCUUCAGCUUCAGCAAUACGAGCAAAGAGACUCAGGCUGAACAUCCGAAGUGAGCAGCGUCUGAGAGGACGUGGUGAUCCCACAUAUGCGGGUGCAAAUAAGACCACUCCUUAUAUGCAGGGUUAUGAUCGUGAAUUAGACAGUUCAGAUGAUGAAACAGGUGAAGGGAUGGCAUUCGAAGAACACAUCAUUUUACGCAUGCCAGAAGGACACGAUGUAACAAAAACGUUGGGUGAAUGGGUGCGUAAACGUGAAGCAGGAACAGAAGGUCAUGAGAUCGAGCUAAAAUUUAAAGAUGCUCGUCGUGCUGUUUUCAAAGUUGGCGAUAAGAUGAUGUCAUCGAAACUUGUUGAUUUACCGGCAAUCAUUGAAUCACAUAAAACGUUGGAUAAUAAACAACUUUUCAAAAUUGCCGAUAUCAGUCAAAUGCUCUUGGUCACACAUUUAAUUCAAGAAGAAGCAGAUGUUGCAAAACCAAAUCCUGAACCGAUCGAAGGAUUGGCGGAUGACUUCGUUUACGAUCAUGGACUUACACCUCCUAUGCGUUGGGCACGAAAGAGAAGAUUUCGUAAGAGAAUACACAAAAGAACGAUUGAAACAGUGGAGAAAGAAGUUGAGCGCUUAUUACAAGAAGAUGAACGUGCAGAAAAGGUGGAAUACAGAAUGGUCGAUGCAGCAGAGGCAGACUUUAGUGAUUCAGAUGAUGAAGCAAGAGCAAGAAGGAGAGCAUUGCGUGACGGAAGUAUGAUGGAUGAUGGUACUUCCACUUUAGCUGACGGCGAAGAUCGUUCGAUCAAUGGAGACUUUGAAGAAGGUUCUUUUGCUGGCGAAGAUGAUGAUGAUGACGAUGUAGAUCAAGAUCUUCAAAGAGAAUUGGAAGAAGAAAUGCUUUUACAACAACAAGAAGAAGAGGAAGAAGAUGAGGACGAAGACGAUGAUGAUGACGCUUCAAGUUCCGGAAGACGUAGAAGGCGUGCUCGUAGCUCUUCACGCGUUACCAGUGAUGAUGACGAUGACGACGACGAUGAUGAUGAUGACGAUUUGUUCGAUGGUGGUACUGGAGACGAGGCGCAAGCGGGCGAUCAAGAUGCUACCGGAUUGGAUGGCGAACGUGAUGAUGAUGACGAAGAUGAUUUGGAUGAAGAAGAAGCUGAGUUACGCGUUCGUGAACAACAACUGGAAGCUGAAUGCAGAGAAAUUGAAGGUAUGGUCAAACGUAAACAAGCAGAAGUGGAUGCAACGGCGAAUGCGUUGAUCAAACAACGCAAUUCUGCUUCCCUUAAACGUAUUCGAGAUGAAUUGGAAAUCAAGAGAAAUCAGUUGCAAGAUCUUAAACAACAAAGAAGAGAAGGUAAAGCAGCAGCCAGAGCUGAAGCCGAAGAGGAGGCUGCCGCUGCCGCUGCCGCUGCCGCUGCAGCCGCUGAAGAGAGCCAAAAAGCAGGUUCAGAACAACAAAGUGAGGCUAUCGGUGAGAAGGGCAAAGUAUCCAGUAAUGAUGACAAUUUGGCAAAAGGUACGUCAGCUUCUAGGGCAUCUGCGAAUGCUGAAGAUAAUGCCAAAGCAGGACAUCAGCGUCUUCGCACAACCACAGAUACAACGACCGAGCUGGGAGAUACGGAAACUCGAAGAGGUGAAGAAGACUACGACGAUGAGGAAGAGGAUGAAGAAGCAGGAGACGAUGAAGAUGACGGUUUGUUCUGAGGUCAUCCUCUCUAAUUAUGUAUUAUAGCAAAAGCAAAUUUUUAUAACAAUGUGUAUUUGGUGGUAUAGUAUAUUGUACAAUCGCAGAUAUCAUUCAAUAUUCAUGAAUUGAGAG